CAGCCGCACAACGCGGAAUCUGGAGCGCCGGAUCUGGGCUGAGCGUCCACCUACACCCGCAGCGCAGGUCCGCAUCCUCCUGCCGCAGCCACUGAGCCGCUGUCUAGGGCCCCAGCCUCGCCACCAUGAGAGUCCUGCUGGUAUGCCUGCUUCUCUGCGCCCUGGUCGUGAGCCACUCCGAAGGAAGCCAUGAACUUCACAGAGUGUCUGAUGCUUCAAACUGCGGCUGUCUGAACGGAGGAACGUGUGUGACCUACAAGUACUUCUCCAACAUUUGGCGAUGUAACUGCCCAAAGAAAUUCCAAGGAGAGCACUGUGAGAUAGAUACAUUGAAAACCUGCUAUCACGGGGAUGGUCACUCUUAUCGUGGAAAGGCCAACACUGACAUCAUGGAUCGACCCUGCCUUGCCUGGAACUCUGCCAAUGUUCUUAGGAAAACAUACCAUGCCCACAGACCUGAUGCCCUUCAGCUGGGCUUGGGAAAACACAAUUACUGCAGGAACCCAGACCACCAGAGAAGACCCUGGUGCUAUGUGCAGGUUGGCCUAAAGCAGCUCAUCCAAGAGUGCAAUGUGCAUGACUGCUCUUCAGGAAAAAAACCUGCCCUUCCUCCAGGAAAAUUGGAGUUUCAGUGUGGCCAGAAGGCUCUGAGGCCCCGUUUUAAGAUUGUUGGGGGAGAAUUCACCAUCAUUGAGAACCAGCCCUGGUUUGCAGCCAUCUACAGGAGGCACCGGGGAGGCUCUGUCACUUAUGUGUGUGGCGGCAGCCUCAUCAGUCCUUGCUGGGUGGUCAGCGCCACACAUUGCUUCAUUAAUCACCAAAAGAAAGAGGACUACAUUGUCUACCUGGGUCGGUCCAGGCUUAACUCCAUGACACCUGGGGAGAUGAAGUUUGAAGUGGAGCAACUCAUCUUGCAUGAGGGCUAUAGCGCUGACACACUGGCUCAUCACAACGAUAUUGCCUUGCUGAAGAUACUUUCCAACAAUGGCCAAUGUGCUCAGCCAUCCCGGACCAUACAGACCAUUUGCCUGCCCCCAUGGAAUGCUGAUCCCAAUUUUGGCACAAGCUGUGAGAUCACCGGCUUUGGAAAAGAGAAUUCCACCGACUACUUGUAUCCAGAGCAGCUGAAAAUGACUGUUGUGAAGCUGGUUUCCUACCAGGAGUGUCAGCAACCCCAUUACUAUGGCACUGAAGUCACCACCAAAAUGCUUUGUGCUGCUGACCCACAGUGGGAAACAGAUUCCUGUCAGGGAGACUCAGGAGGGCCCCUGGUCUGCUCCAUUCAAGGCCGCAUGACUCUGACUGGGAUUGUGAGCUGGGGCCGUGGAUGUGCCUUGAAGAAUAAGCCAGGUGUCUAUACAAGAGUCUCACGCUUCCUGCCCUGGAUCCGUAGUCACGUUGGGGAAGAGAAUGGCCUGGCCCUCUGAAAACUUCCAGGGAGCCAAGGAGGAAAUGGGCACCACCCACUUCCAUACUGACCGUCCUUUUUGCAGUAGGAUCAUCUCCAUCAGCCACAAGGAAGAGAUUACGGGGAUAAGCUCUGCAAAGAUGGUUUUGCUUGUGCUGCCCAGCAGGGCAAGUGACAAUAGCUUCAACCUCAGACAUGUGCCUGGGUGCUGGCCACCCAGAACCCCCUGGCCAGGUUGAAAGGGUGGUCCUGAUUCAGGAUGGUAGUUUGUCUUUUUCUGGACUAAAGCUUCCUGGAGUUGAACAAUGGCAUCUCCUGUGCAUGGGUACGACUGCUAGCUCCCUCAACAAUGGUCAUUCAUGAGGCCCACUCUUGGGAAAUGAGUAAUUUCCCACUUAGGAAGUGUAACAGUUGAAGUCUCUUGAAGGAACUUGGCUGUUGGGGGAAUAGCAGUCUGGGAAGUAGUGACACUAAUAACUUAAGGGAAGGGCUCUGAUACUCCAUGAAUGUAUCUACAAAUACUAUGUAUGUGUAUAUGUUUGUGCCCUGAUGCAUGGGCUAUGUAUGAGUGUUAAGUGUGACUAAGAGCUGGUAUGUUCCUGUGACAAAAAGUCUAGAUAUUUCCCUAAACUGUGUGGACUGUGACACCACAAAGAGGGUCUGUCUAGGGAGGCUGUGGGUCAACUCAGGUCUCUUGGGUCUCCCACAUGAUGCCUGUGAAUGUAUCAUUCUGAGGCACAACCUAUGACCAGCACUAAAUGUCAUGAUUUCAUUUCACAUAGUUUCUCUUUCUUGGCCAGUUACUCUCAAACCUAGUUCAUCCAAUCCUCACUGGGUGGGGUGAGGACCACUCCUGUACACUAAAUAUUUAAUAAUUAUAUUCUACUAUUUUAAUUUAUAUCUAUUUUUGUAAUUCUGAAUAAAAACAAUCAAUA